CGACACCGCACGCGCAGAAUAAAACAGCUGGCAGACAGUAUUAUCGCCAACAGUACACGCCGCAAGCCACAGCGCAGUCUGAUCGUCCUGCGCCGCAGACAGUCACAGACGACUAUGAACGUUGGUACACGGAGAACGUCCCGAACAACCGAAUGGUCCUAGCACUCCGCUCUCAAAUUCCAUCAGAGAUCAACUGGGCCCUGGAUCGCAUCCUGCGGCUCAGCCGAAAUGAGGACUUCUCGUUGAAGAAGAUAUCGGGCUUGAGGGAUGCCUUGUACGAGUGGCCCGAGUGGUAUGUGUCCGAUGGGCUGCAGACCUCUAACGAGAUGCACUCCCUGUUUUCUGUGCCGCCGGAAGUCUC